UUCCCCCUUCUGCGGCUGCUGCUGACAAGAUGGCGGCGGCGGCGGCGGCGGCGGGGCCGGCCGGGCCCGAGAGCCGGGUGCUGGGCUACACCCUGCACCGCUGGAGCAGCUUCUCCUCCACCUACCUGCCCGAUUGCCCAACUUCUUUGGAGAUCUUACAAAACUGUGCAAAGAAUAACCGGAGAUUCACCCAGGUGAAUAUUUUAGUGGACAAGCCUAAUGAUCAGUCUUCAAGGUGGUCUUCAGAAAGCAACUACCCUCCCCAGUAUUUGAUUCUGAAACUCGAAAGACCUGCCAUAGUCCAAAGUAUUACCUUUGGCAAAUAUGAGAAGACUCAUGUCUGCAAUUUAAAGAAGUUUAAAGUCUUCGGUGGGAUGAAUGAAGAAAACAUGACAGACCUAUUAUCCAGUGGCUUAAAGAAUGAUUAUAACAAAGAAACAUUCACCUUGAAGCAUAAAAUUGAUGAACAGAUGUUCCCUUGUCGAUUCAUUAAGAUAGUUCCACUGUUAUCAUGGGGGCCCAGCUUCAAUUUUAGUAUCUGGUAUGUUGAACUUAAUGGCAUUGAUGAUCCAGAUGUGGUCCAACCCUGCCUCAACUGGUACAGCAAGUACCGUGAACAGGAAGCCAUUCGUCUAUGUCUAAAGCAUUUUCGCCAACACAACUACACUGAGGCUUUUGAAUCACUGCAGAAGAAAACCAAGAUUGCGCUAGAGCACCCAAUGCUGACAGAUCUGCAUGACAAACUAGUGCUGAAAGGAGACUUUGAUGCUUGUGAAGAAUUGAUAGAAAAAGCUGUAAAUGAUGGCUUGUUCAAUCAGUACAUCAGUCAGCAGGAAUACAAACCGCGUUGGGGUCAGAUUAUCCCCAAAAGUACCAAAGGUGAUGGAGAGGACAGCAGACCAGGAAUGAGAGGAGGUCAUCAGAUGGUCAUUGAUGUACAGACAGAAACUGUUUAUUUGUUCGGUGGCUGGGAUGGGACUCAGGAUCUGGCUGACUUCUGGGCAUACAGUGUGAAGGAAAACCAGUGGACCUGUAUAUCUAGAGAUACCGAAAAAGAGAGUGGUCCUAGUGCCAGAUCUUGUCACAAGAUGUGCAUCGAUAUUCAGCGAAGGCAAAUCUACACACUGGGCCGUUAUCUCGAUUCCUCUGUGAGGAACAGUAAAUCUCUGAAAAGUGAUUUUUACCGCUAUGACAUUGACACGAACACAUGGAUGUUGCUAAGUGAAGACACUGCAGCAGAUGGAGGUCCCAAGCUGGUGUUUGAUCAUCAGAUGUGUAUGGAUUCAGAAAAACACAUGAUCUAUACGUUUGGAGGUAGGAUUUUGACAUGUAAUGGCAGUGUAGACGACAGCAGAGCCAGUGAACCUCAAUUUAGUGGAUUGUUUGCUUUUGACUGUCAAUGUCAGACAUGGAAACUGUUGAGAGAAGAUUCGUGCAAUGCUGGACCUGAGGACAUCCAAUCCAGGAUAGGACACUGCAUGUUGUUCCAUUCGAAAAAUCGCUGUUUAUAUGUAUUUGGUGGGCAGAGAUCGAAGACUUAUUUGAAUGAUUUCUUCAGCUAUGAUGUUGACAGCGAUCAUGUGGAUAUCAUAUCAGAUGGUACCAAGAAAGAUUCAGGGAUGGUUCCUAUGACAGGUUUCACUCAGAGAGCCACCAUUGAUCCAGAACUGAACGAAAUCCAUGUGUUGUCUGGGCUCAGUAAAGACAAAGAGAAACGGGAAGAGAAUGUUAGAAACUCUUUCUGGAUUUAUGACAUUGUGAGGAACAGUUGGUCUUGUGUCUAUAAGAACGAUCAAGCAGCAAAAGAUAAUCCAAGUAAAAGCCUUCAGGAGGAGGAGCCCUGCCCAAGGUUUGCCCAUCAGCUGGUGUAUGAUGAGUUGCACAAGGUUCAUUAUUUGUUUGGAGGAAAUCCUGGCAAAUCCUGCUCUCCAAAGAUGAGGCUGGAUGACUUCUGGUCACUGAAGCUCUGUCGGCCUUCGAAGGAAUACCUGUUGAGACACUGCAAAUACCUCAUAAGAAAGCACAGGUUUGAAGAAAAGGCCCAAACUGACCCACUCAGUGCACUGAAAUACUUACAGAAUGACUUGUAUGUAACUGUGGAUCAUUCUGACCCUGAGGAGACAAAAGAGUUUCAGCUUCUUGCUUCAGCACUGUUCAAGUCUGGUUCAGAUUUCACCACUCUGGGAUUUUCAGAUGUUGAUCAUACCUAUGCGCAAAGAACUCAGCUCUUUGAUACAUUAGUAAAUUUCUUUCCUGACAACAUGACUCCUCCUAAAGGCAACCUGGUAGACCUCAUCACACUGUGACAGAAAAAUCACUGGACAUGUGAAAGGAGAAAAAGCAUUCAUUUUCAGUAUUUUAAUUUUUUUUACUGCAUUGAUUGACUGCUGUGUGCAGUAAUAUAGUGACCCCUGGGUCUUUGAAAGGGGCUUUAUACUUGUAUAAUGAAUACCUGAGGUUUUUCCCCUUGUUGAAUUAGGCUAAUAAAAUGUAACUGACAUGUAUAUAUUUUCUGAUUUUGACUUAAGAGUUAGCAAAUAUAAGAAGAAGAAUCAAUCAUGCAGUCAUCCUUUUUGCUUUUAGGGUAAAUGCCAAGAUAUUUCAGGCUCCUGGAAACUGAAGAUGGUUUUACUUUGUUUUUUUUAUUUUUAAAAUGCCCCUUGCUUUAUUGUAACUAAUCAUGACAUUUGCUUUGCCCUACUGGCUUUAUUCAGUUAGCAGUUGUGUAACUUGGCAGCAGGACACUGCUGUACGUUAAGGUAAUGUGUGUCUUCAUUGACUUGAGUCCUGUAAUUGUAAUGUACAGUGUGAAGGAGGAUAGAUCUCAAAUUUUCCACCCUCUUAUAGUCUGAGAAACUGACUAACACUAGCGUGUAAUUGGAUUUGCUAUAGAGACUGAACAUAAAUAUUUAGCUGGUGCUACUGUAAAUGCCUGGCUUCCAUUCUCUGAAGCCUUAUACUUAAAGCUGGCAGUCAAGUUUGAACCUCAGAGAAACCUUUGAAAAUAGAGUGCAGCAGGUGCUGGUACAAGCAUUUCUUCAGGGCUGGUUUCAUGUCUGUGCCUCUUCUGUGCUGCUUUCAUGACAAACUUCGCAAGUCCUUGUAAAGUUCUACAGAAUUGGGUCUUCCACAUCCCCCAUGCACACGCUGCACCUCUACAGCACUUCAGUCUGGAUGCAGUUUUCCAAAGCAGCACGUCUGCAUUUACCUACAUGUUGGCUCUGUGCGCAUAUUUUUGUGUGAAUGUGAAAUUUAAUGAGGAUUGUUCUCAACAGCUUGUUUUUUGUCUUUGUCCUAUGUAGAACAGCUCAUUUAAGUACAUCUUAGAAUUAUUCCAUGCACAAAGGCCUCUCCCUUCAUUUAAAGGAUGGAUCUAUUAAAAUAAGUUGAAUGCAUACGUCCAGAAAGAGGACUUUUUCUCCCUUGCAGAAAACAUUCUUUGUGUUUAGGCCUAAGGGCUUGGAGCUGCACUGUGUCCGUAAAGUAUAAUGAAGGACACAUGCACCUAGUGUUAGCGCAUACUUAAAUUCUGCAGUGCCAGAAAGCAUGCAGUUCAAACUGGUUGAUAAAUUAUAUAAAGACUGUAGAGAUUCAUGUCUAGAGAGCCAGCAGCCCAUAGGACAUGAAUCCUGAAUUUCCUGUGUCUGAGUAACUUCCACUGAAUUUACUGGAAGUAUUGUGUGUAUGUGCGUAUGUGCAGGGAUGAUGGAUUAGACGUUUUUAAAUGAAAAGAAAUGACAGUCAAGAAUAUUUUUUCGUAGUUCUAGUAUCCUUGUGCUUUCAUUCAGUUAGUCCCCUUCUUCCUCACAUUUUGUUUUAUUUCCAGUAUCAGUACAUUGGAAAUCAUGAAGAAAAAAUUUGUGAUAAUAUUUAUCUUAAACUAUUAAACACUCAGAAAUUAACAGUACAUUAGAGGAUGGAUUUACUUUAAAAACUGAAUGAUUAGACUUUUUUUUUUCCUUGAAAGGAUUAUAGAUGUUGCGUUUUUUUUGUUUUUUUUUUUUAAAUUACUGCUAACUUACUGUUUGGCAAGUAAGUUAAUGUAGUUAACAUAGCAAAUCAAAAAAUCAAUGGAAUACACAGUUUAGCAAAUUCAAUCUGGUUAAAUGUUUAAAAGGAACAAUGUCCCAAAAAAAAAAAAAAAUUCUCCAGUGACAUGAAAAAGUGCUGUGCCACAAGUUUUUUUUUUUUUUUUACUGCAUGUUGUAACCUUCUAGUUCUUCGCUAGAUAAUGGCUAUGUUAAUCUUGUUGCUUCCAUUAGCACUGUGCCAUAGCACUGCUGUUCUGUAACUAAACUAAAUUUUUCAGUCCUCAAGUACUGAGGUUUACAAUGCUGUGUGCUGUUUAUCUUGGGAGUAUGAUUAUGCAUUCUGUUCACAGAAACAAACUUGCUCACAACUUCAAGCGGGUGAUUCUUGUUUUUUGGGCUGGGUUGGUUUGUUUUUCCUAAAAAAUCUUUCUAAGCAGUUUACCCAAGCAUUCUCUUCUAAUUUGCGUUUUUCUAGCUGGUGGAUUUUUUGGUUUUUUUGUUACCUUUUAAAUUUAUUUGUAUUUAAAUAAAAUUGAACCAAAGAGAAACAAUUGCAUUAAAUAGCAACCCAAGAGUAGAUUUAGUGGAGGGUCUAAUAAAAACACCAAAUGUAUUUGGGGCAGUAACCUCAUUGGGAAGCACAUCUUGCAAAUCAAGCUGUGAUUAAGUGACAACAUAUUCACUUCCCUGAAGUAAAGCAUGAUCUCUGUGUGAUCUGAUGAGCAAUUUGCAAACGUAAUUGGCUAGGGUGUGUGUAUGUGUGAUUUCGCUGAAAACUAAAAUUGAGAAUUUUAGUCCUCAUAAAGUUCUCUGCUUAUAUAUAUAGACAGACACAUAAUGGCAAAUGUUCAAUCAUGGGCUUAAGCCUGCUCUGUGCUAGGGGAGGUUGUGGAUGCCUGCAAGUGCAGAAAGUUAAAUUUGCUAGCUUAGUACUUCCUACACAGUGACUGACCAUUCUCUCUCUUAUCCCGAGCUAAUGGGAGUACUUGAAUAUCCAAUAUUGGCACACCUUUGCUGUGUACGCAGACAAGGUUUACCAAUUCCGCCCCCCCCCCACGCUCCCCCCUCCCCAUUUCCACAGCUCCCGUCCUUUUUAAGAACUGCUUGAUGUACAACCUGCCACAGCAAAUGUAUUGGCAGCUGUGUAUUUGUGGAGCAAUAGAGGCACCAUGUGGCAAGACAGGUUUAUCCAAAAUGAGUAUUUCCUAUGGAUUUAUUAAAGGGUAUCCACUACUUCCGUGCCCUUUUUAUGGUUAGUAAUCAUAAUUCAAUGAUUGGUGCUUUGCCAUAGUAUACACUGCAUCUCUUGUAUAGCUGAUAAAAAUAGAUAGUAUAAAAAUGUUACAUUCUCAGGAAACUGAGCAGUACAGAAAUUCCUGUAAUAGCCUGUUAAAGUACAGUUGUAAUAUUAGAUUUUGAGGUUGUAUUAUGCAUGGGCUUAAGUUGAGUGCCAUUCCAGGAAUUUAUUAGCUCAAAGCAUUAUGGAAAUACAAAAGUCCAAACAGAGGAGAUCCAACUUCUUGUUUGGAAGGGUCAUUUUAGAAGACACUUUGUUGUGUAGUGCCACUCACUGGAUAACAACGCAAGUGUGAUCACAUGCUUUACUUGGUACCAUCUCGGUACUUGAUCCUGCUGAUUACAUAGUGCCUCAAAACACUUUAACACAGAGCCUGCUUCCUGGCAUGGAGCACAUGAAAGAACAUGUAGUAUACAUGAUCUUUACUUCGUAAAUUUACUACUACAUAUUAUCCACAUUGCAACUGUAGGCCACUUCAUUACUGGAAAUGUAAAUUGGGCAUUCUAAAAUAAACAUUGUCCCAUUUGCUUAAGUGAACACUUAUUUUUUUCUACCAACUGAAGUCUGUAAAACAAAGACUAUUUUAACAUAUGGCUGGUUUAUUUAACGAUUUAUAAGGCAAAAAAGUUUGUACCAACAAUUUGAAGAAUCAGAAGUGAUAAUUUAAAUGUCUGCUAUUCUCAGUGCUUUCUAACUAGUAGAGACUUUGAGACAAACUGAGCUAAUGAAUACUGAUAUUUGUCUUCAGGAUGUUUGUCCUUGGGAUGGUGUUCAGUAGGUAAGUUUUUGUUCGCACAAAGGUUGUUUUAUGUUAAUGUUCCUGAGAAGCUGUGUAUAAAUCUUCCUCAGAAAACGUCCUUUUACCUAUUGCAAAUUGCCAAAACUGAAUCCAGUGUUGAAUGUAUAGUCUUAGACAUGGGUCAUGAACUUGGGGCAGUGGAAACAAUCUCUGCAUCACCCCAAUUGCCAAUGGUCAGAAGGCAAAAAUCCAUAGAUGUCCAUGUGUUUUAGGUAAACCUGUAUCUUUUGGAUUCUUUCAGAAAUGGUAUCUUCAGGUUAAAGCACCAUUGUAAAAUGUUUAAACAUUUUGCAUGAGGCAUAUAAAUGCAAGGGACACAAGGAAGCUUUUUUGCUUAAUUUUUUUUUUUUGAGAAAUCAAAUUGACCAACAUUCCAUUUGACUCUUGUAUGUUGUGAGAGGUCUCCAAUGGCAGCAUUCCUACAGUGGUGAGACAUUAAUGUUGUCUACACCUGUCUGCAAGGUGGUAAUUAUUUAAACUAGUUACAUUUCUUACCCAUCCUGAUUCUUGCUGAGAGGGUUUCGAUAUAUAGUUGGUCAUAAUUCAACCCCUUUUUUCUUGCUGAUCAUAGUGAAGGGUGGUCAUUCCUUGUAAUCAGAAGAUAUGCUUAUUCUGCCCUCUGCUCCCAUGCACAGUACCCCAUAUAUGUAGUAGUUAGAUGGGAACAGUAGAAAUGUAAAUAAAUACUGAUCUGUUAGGUUGCCUAUGAUUUUGUAUGUAUAUGUAAAUUGUAGGUUAAUUUAUGAGUAAGGCCACAGGUACUGUGUAUGGAAUUGUUUUCAAAACCAUGUUGAGGCAUUUAUUUUGAAAAAACAGUGCAUGCAGACACAGUUGCAAAGGGUUUGCAAAUAGAUCUAGGUAGAUCUGCCUUGGUAACGUACUUUAGAAAAACGUCUGCACUGAUUUCUUUCUUUGAGAAUAAUUUUGACUGUGACACAGAGCUGGCAUUCUUUUCCCUGACCAUGGAGUUGCUUGAGGAAAUCAUCUUUCUUGCCAGAGACAUCAGUCAUGUGAAAACUGGUGAGCAGAGUAUAAUUCAUCUUUAAGUUCGCAUAGCUCUGUUCCUAAAAAUGAAGUGCAGUAAAGAAUCCAUUAUUUCUGGAUGGGAAAUAUUGUCACAUUUCUUAUGUUCAUUGCUUUUCCUUUCUUCUUCCCAGAAGCUAAAAAGAUUUGUAAUCCCGUGUGUGUAAAUGUACUUUAUAAAAUCAGUUGCUGGAGGAAACAGA